CGCUACUUGAGUCAGCGGAAACAUCGUACCUUCUACCCUGCUUUGAGAACCCUCCCCAGCAGCUACUCACCAUCCGCCACCUCGAGAAACCAUCAAAAAUGGCACCAUCAGAUCUAGACCAGCUCAUUGAAAUGGGCUUCGACAAGGAGAGAGCACAGAUCGCCAUUUCCAAAACUGGUGGCUUGCAAGGUGCUCUCGAAUGGCUCGAACAGAACCAGGAUAAGUCCCUCGAUGAAAUCAAAGCAUCCGCCACAACUGCUGCCGAAGAUGAAGAAGGUCCCGCACUCAAGCCGGGCGAACAGCCUCGAAGCUUGGUUUGCAACGACUGUGGAAAGAAAUUCCGAAGCCAAGCACAGGCAGAGUUCCAUGCUUCAAAGUCCCAGCACGUCGACUUCUCUGAAUCAACGGAGGAGAUCGCUCCUCUGACAGAAGAAGAGAAAAAGGCGAAACUGGAGGAGCUGAGACAAAAGUUGGCCGCGAAGAGAGCAGUGCAGUCAGAGCAGGACAAGAUUGACCAGAAGAGAAACGAGGAGAUUCGGAGAAAGAGCACAAAGGAGAGUCAGGACCUGAAGGAGGAGCUCAAGAAAAAGGAACAGCUGAAGGAAGCAGCAAAGCGCCGUAAGGAAAAGCAAGAAGAAAUAGAAGCCAAGCAGCGCAUUCGCGCAAAGAUCGAGGCCGACAAGGAAGAACGAAGGCUGAAGGCUGAACGGGAGAGAGCCGCACGCGCAGGCCAGGCUCCUCCACCCCAGCCCGCAGCUGCACCAGCUCCAGCGACCUCUGGACCGGUAUCCUCAAAGCCAGCUUCUGCAUAUACCGAAGCUCGCCUUCGUCUCCAGACGCCCAGUGGGAAUGUCAUGAAGACGUUCCCUGUGGAAACCACUCUCUUCGAGGUUGCUGCAGCGUUGAACCAGGAACACGGCCUGAACGUGCAGAGUUUCACGCAGAACUUCCCGCGCAAGGUCUUUAAUUCUGAGUAUUUCGGAGAGACUCUCAAGGAACUCGGCCUCGUACCUAGCGCGAGUCUCAUCGUGCAAUGAAUGCCCUAGAGAGAAUCCCUAUUGAUAUUACUUCUUGAUAUGAUGAUACUCAUGAGAACAUGAUAGUUGGCGUGGUUGCUGGUGAAAUGUUGCUGUAGAUUACCUAGACUCAUCUUUCAUACCUUUGUAUCCUGUCUGCCAGCAAAGUUGGACGAUUUGUAGUGGUGACAUCAUACGUGCUAGUUUCUGAUGCGCUGAAGGAGAAUACAACCUUGACUUAAUGAUCUCUCUAUCUAGUUUUUGGACGGUGACUCCCCUCCAUGUUUUGGUAUGUCUUUCUUUCUGAAUCCCCACACAGGAAUAGAUGGUCUGUUAUCUCCACGUGACUUGGCGAUCCCGCCGCGUUGCUGAUA